AUGAAUUGCAUUUUAGUGUUCCAAUGGUCAGGGCGUUCUUUCGCGCUUAACACCGGGAUAGAUGCAUCCACAUUGGCAUUGGCAUUAGAACAAUUAGAGGCCAAACUCAUUUUUGUGGAUUACCAGUUCACCGAUGUUGCACUCAAGGCACUAGAGCUACUCUCGCUUAAAAAUGUCAAUCCACCCCAACUUGUGGUAAUCCCCAAUGGUGACAAAUCGACUUCUUCAAUGGACCAAAAACACUUACUCCGUAACUUGAAUUACAAUGGUCUUCUUGAAAUGGGGAGAGAUGAUUUUACAAUAAUUCGACCAAAUAAUGAAUGUGAUCCAAUUUCGGUGAAUUAUACUUCGAUGGACAUGUUUCGAUGCAAUGGAUGGUGUCUUACUUGGUCAAUGGCUGCCGUUGGUGCUACCAAUAUCCGCCUUAGAAAUGUCUCAGCAGAAAUCAUAUUUGAUGCAAUAUCACUUCACAAGCUAGGUCCAUUUCCAAAUCCGGAGAUUCUUACCAAGGUUGAAGGAUUGGGAUUUAGUGUGUAUCAUGGUUAUGGGAUGACGGAGGUCCUUGGUCCAUCAAUUGUUAGGCCAUGGAAACCCGAAUUGGAUUCUAAUUUCGGAGGUGAAAAAGAAAAAAUUAAAAAUCGUGAAGGAGUGCAUAACCUUUUGAUUGAAGGGGCUGAUGUGAAGGAUCCAAACACCAUGGAAAGCGUACCAAAUGAUGGGAAAACCAUUGGUGAGGUGAUGUUUAGAAGCAACAUUUUGAUGUCGUGGUACCCGAAAAAUUCAGAAAUUACUCAAAAAGCUUUUAGGGGCGGAUGGUAUCACACAAGAGACCUUGGUGUUAGGCAUCCGAAUGGUUACAUAGAAAUGAAGGACCGAGCUAAAGAUAUUAUCAUGUCGGGGGAGAGGCUAUAA